ACAUUUGCUGGAAAAGAAAAAGAAAAGAAGAAAAGUUGAAGACUUUGGAGAAGGUUUUGGCAACUGGUUGGAGAGGAAGGAAAUAUAUAAAGUAAAAAUCUGUGUGCUGUGUGUGUUGAUUGUUGUUGAAUUCCUUUUUGUCACCUCUCUUGUUUUAAAGACCAACCCAUUUUUCUCCUCCUUCUCAGCUACCCUUCUUCUGCUUCCAAUAUUUUGUUUUUCUCUCUUCAUAACACAACAAUUUAAUAGCUUUUAGGCUCUGUUUUCUUGGUUCCAAAAUCCCAAGCCUCAUUGCAUCAUUCAUAAAUGGCUCUCUCUACCUCAUCAGGUCAAUCCAAUGAUUUCACAAAAGAAGACACCAAGGAAACGAGUUCUCUUGUUGUUUGCUUUGGGGAAAUGUUAAUAGACUUUGUCCCAACUGUGGGAGGAGUGUCACUGGCUGAAGCACCUGCUUUCAAGAAAGCUCCUGGUGGAGCUCCAGCCAACGUGGCUGUGGGUAUCUCUAGACUGGGAGGUUCAUCUGCUUUUGUAGGAAAGGUUGGAGCAGAUGAAUUUGGGUACAUGUUGGCUGACAUUUUAAAGCAUAACAACGUUGAGACAUCUGGCUUGCGGUUUGACACUAAUGCAAGAACUGCGUUAGCUUUUGUUACACUUAGAGCUGAUGGUGAGCGUGAGUUCUUGUUUUUCCGGAAUCCAAGUGCUGAUAUGCUUCUUCAUGAGUCAGAACUUGACAAAAAUCUCAUAAAGCAGGCUAGAAUAUUCCAUUAUGGCUCCAUCAGCUUGAUUGAUGAGCCAUGCAAGUCAGCUCACCUUGCUGCUAUGAGCACUGCCAAAAACUCUGGUUGCAUACUCUCUUAUGAUCCUAAUUUGAGAUUGGCACUGUGGCCUUCAGCAGAGGCUGCUCGGAAAGGCAUAAUGGAUAUAUGGGAUCAGGCUGAUGUUAUAAAGAUAAGUGAAGAUGAGAUUACAUUUUUGACCGGAGGUGAUGAUCCUUGUGAUGAUAAUGUUGUUUUGAAGAAACUUUUUCAUCCAAAUCUCAAGCUUUUAAUAGUUACUGAAGGCUCGGAGGGUUGCAGAUAUUACACCAAGGAAUUUAGGGGCAGGGUUGCAGGUGUUAAAGUUAAACCCGUGGACACAACUGGUGCUGGUGAUGCAUUUGUUAGUGGGAUUUUAUACUGUAUAGCUUCUGACCAAGCUAUUUUUCAGGAUGAGAAACGUCUCCGAAAGGCUUUAUAUUUUGCUAAUGUAUGUGGUGCUAUCACUGUUACUGAAAGAGGUGCAAUUCCUGCACUACCCACAAAGGAAGCUAUCUUGCAAUUCUUACUAGAGGCAGCUGCAAUAUAACAAAUGAAAUUUUUUGUUAUAGUUUGUUGUUAAGCUAUAGUUUAGGUGAUGCUGAUUUUUUUUUUUUCAAUUAAAAUCUUUGGUCCUGUAAUUUUCUUAUACAUUCAAUUUGUCUUUGCUCUCAAGUUAACAGCUGAGCUCACGAAUUAGCUCUAGAUUUAAGAUUUGUAAUAAAAUCAAAGGUAUUCGGUUAUAGUCAAGGAAUGAAGAAAUGUUAAUAAACUACUGGAUUUUG